AUGUCAACGCGGCUUGAAAAGGUGUAUCUAAUGAACGUGCUGCUUUACGUUGACAGCGUUACUACAAUGAAAUUGUUUAUCCAAGUGUCUACCAGGUGUUGGGAGACUUCGCAGAUGUUGAGGAUCAAUCCCUUUAAAAUUUCUUUCAAAACUGUAUGUCAGAACCCAACUCUCUUCCCUCACUUAGAAACAAUUUAUGAGCUGAAAGACAAUGACGAAAUGGAAGAAUUUAAAAAGCAUUGGAUUGACAAAAUCGCGUUCAUCCGCAACAUUCAGUCAUACGUUGUGUACUUUUUCUUUCCACAACCCCUUUCGACUACACAAAUCAAAUUCUUUGAAAAGAUUGAGGAAUACUCUGCUGUUCGUUUGACCGCUCAUUACCUCGACGACUUGGUUAACACUAUCAGAUACUUUACAGGUCUAAAGACACUGAAAAUUGGGUUUGCGUCUGGGUUUAACUUCCGUCUAUUGAAUACACUGCCGUCGCUCGAGAGAGUGUACAUCAUAUUCCAGUACACAUGUCAUGAAGACGUGAUUAAGGCUUUUGAAAGAGUUGACAUUACGCGAGUAAAGUAUGUAUUUAUUGUGAACUCUGUCGUGUCCCCGCAAAUUUUGGCCAGAACAUUUUCGGAUAUAAAAAGGCGUUAUCAGGAGAUUUCACUCUAUGCAACACUCCUUGAAAAAUCAAUUAAGAACAAUUUUUAUUUCACAACGCUCUGUAACGUCGACCCUAGCUACUUCCAGGAGGAUGCAACAGAAAUUGAUAUACAAAAUUUCCUCCCCAUAGAAAUGAAAAUUUGUUCAAAAGAGCCACAGAACCUCUCGGUGGUGGAUGUUGGAAAAUGCGAAUUUUUGAAGGCUCUCACGAUUAUGUUUAACAAUGAACGUCCAUUUGCGGUAUUACUUCCUUCGGGACUAAAAACACUGAGUGUGGAAGGAACACAAGCAAUGUUCAGUUUGAACAACGUCCCGGUUGAGUUUCUUAAUUUGACACGAAUGCACAAUCAAUGGGACUUUUCGUUCUCUUCUCUUGUUUCACUUUCUUUGUACCAGUGCCAGCACCUCAAUAUGGACUUGACACAUUGUGACAAAUUGGAAAAGGUUGGUGUGUGUUGUUGCGCAGAUUUGGAGCUCAAAGUACCUACACGUGUCAAAUUGUGUGGGAUGUAUUUCUCGACGAGGCUCAAAGUUUUUAUCAAAGAAAACGAGAGCACGUUCUGCGACCUUUCACUUCAAGACGUCAUCCACUUUUGGCUUUCAAGAUCAAUGAAAAUGGUUGUUGAGGUGAAGGCCGAUUUAUUCGACUUAACGCAAUUUCGGCUGAAAAUGAUCAGUUUGUAUGACUGUUCAGUGAAGAGAUUAAUUCUACCCAAGACAAUUUUGUUUGUCAGGUUGGUGAACUGUUUGGUUGAAAAAGUUCUCGGCGGGGUAAUAAGAAAAAUUACAGUCCAAUCCAAAAGCAUCAUUUCAGACAUCGAAGCAAACUACAUUGGAAAAGUUCACUUGGGGGCGGAUGUAGAGUUGUGGAAUGUUGGCGAAAUAAACGUCGUGUCGUACCGUCGGAGCACAGUUCGUCCUCACUUAAAAUGUCGGCGUAUUGUUCUCAAGUCGAAGGAACGUUUCGUGGAUUUAUCAAUGUGUACAGCUGAUCGGCUCUCUGUUUCGUCGAAAACGAAAACAGAUGUGGUGCUUAUUAACCACUCGUUUUCUUCCGUCUUUUUGAACAACGUCCAGUUGAUGAUCCUUGGACAGUCAGAAAAAGUUUUCAACAGAAAAGCGCUGAUUUCCAAAGAACUUGGAAAGAAAAACGCAGAGAUAUCUGAAACUCUUUCGUCGGAUGUUUUUAGAGCUUCAAAUAAAAAUGUUGAGGUUUUAGACUUGAGCCAUACCACGAUUAAAAAGGUCAUUGUGAGAAAUUGCAAACACCUCCACGAAUUAAUACUCCCUCAUACAUGUACAAAGACGCAUGUUCAACAUUGUAACGAGUUGCAGCACGUUCGCGCAAUAUAA